UCCUACAAGUUAUAAGCAGAAGGGAUACAGACGUUACCAACAGCCGUCAUCUGAAGUAGACAUUCGGUUUCCAAUGCAUUUUCUAGACUUUUUUAAUUCGACAUAAAGCAGACCUAACUCUACUGGUAGAUGUCUACUUCUACCGACCUGACUGGGAGUAUGUCCCAUUCUGGUCAGUCUCCAGGGGCGGGGCAAUCCCCAGGGCCUGCCCUGGGACCUAGCCCUGGUCCAGGUCCUUCUCCUGGCUCGGUUCACAGUAUGAUGGGCCCCAGCCCUGGGCCUUCCAGUGGGCCUUAUACCAUGCAGAACCAAGGAGGGGGGGAUUACUCCCAAGACAAUGUGUACCCCAUGCACAAGCCCAUGGAAGGAAUGCAUGACAAGACCAUGGUAGAUGAGCUACACUAUGGUCAGAUGAAGGGAGUCGGGAUGAGAUCUCUCCACAGUGGCAUGGGGCCACCACGGAGUCCCAUGGACCAGCACAGCCAAGGAUAUCUGUCCCCUCAUCCCUCUCCAAUGGCGGUCCACGAGCACACCACCAGCCCAAUGUCAGGGGGUGGGGGUCCAACACCGCCUCAGAUGCCCCCCACCCAGUCGGGCCCCUUGGACCCCCAGGCAGCCAUGCCUAUGGGGCAGCAGGGGCGGGGCCCCUCCUCCUUCAGCCCUGUUCAACUUCAACAGCUACGGGCCCAGAUCUUGGCCUAUAAGAUCCUGGGGCGGGGCCAGCCCUUGCCGGAGAACCUGCAGCUGGCUGUGCAAGGAAAGAGGAGCCUUCCCACCAUGCAGCAGCAGUCGCCAGCGAGCACCAACCUCUACAACAGACCUCCAGUCAUGCUAAUGCCUCCAGUUGGCGGUACCCAGUCAAGCCCCUGCCCCACCACUGCCAUGCAAGGCCAUGCCCAGAGUGUUGGGUCCAAACAACCACAUGAAGGCCUGAGCAGCGAUUCUUCCUGCAACCCUCAGAAGCUCCUUCCCCCGUCCGCUAGUGGACGACCAUCUCCAGCUCCACUUCAGCCUCCUGUAAUGCCACCUGGGCCCAUGCCUGGCCCCUCUACUGCCCAGCCGGCCCUGGGGCAGCCAUCGCCCAUCCUUCAGAUGCAGCAGAAACAGAACCGUAUCACGCCCAUCCAGAAGCCCCAAGGGCUGGACCCUGUGGAGAUCCUGCAGGAGAGAGAGUACAGGCUGCAGGCUAGGAUUGUCCACCGGAUCCAGGAGCUGGAGAGCCUGCCAGGCUCCCUCCCACCGGACCUGAGGACCAAAGCCUCUGUGGAACUGAAAGCCCUGCGACUGCUCAACUUCCAGCGCCAGCUGAGACAGGAUGUGGUGGCCUGCAUGCGCAGAAGCACCACGCUGGAGACGGCGCUCAACUCCAAGGCCUACAAGCGCAGCAAGCGGCAGACCCUGAGGGAGGCGCGCAUGACGGAGAAACUGGAGAAGCAGCAGAAGAUGGAGCAGGAGCGGAAGCGCCGUCAGAAACACCAGGAGUACCUGAAUAGCAUCCUUCAGCAUGCCAAGGAUUUCAAAGAAUUCCACAGGUCCAUGGCCGGAAAGAUCCAGAAGUUAUCCAAAGCCAUCGCCACUUGGCACACCAACACCGAAAGAGAGCAAAAGAAGGAGGCCGAGCGAAUUGAGAAAGAGCGAAUGAGAGCGCUCAUGAACGAGGAUGAAGAGGGCUACCGUAAACUGAUCGACCAGAAGAAAGAUAAGCGUCUGGCCUACCUGCUGCAGCAGACCGACGAGUACGUGUCCAACCUGACCGACCUAGUGUACGAACACAAAGCCGCCCAGGCUGCCAAGGAGAAGAAGAAGAAGAAAAAGAAGAAGAAGAAGAGAAAGAACGUGGAUGGGGAUGGUGAAGGUGCGAGCGCUAUUGGACCUGACGGAGAAGCAUGGCAGCCCAUGGAUGAGAGCAGCCAGAUGAGUGAACUUCCUGUCAAAGUCAUUCAGACGGAGACUGGAAGAGUUCUCCAAGGGGCCGACGCCCCCAAGUCCAGCCAACUGGAAGCCUGGCUAGAAAUGAACCCUGGAUAUGAAGUUGCCCCUCGAUCAGACAGUGAGGAGAGUGGCUCAGAGUCUGAGGAAGAGGACGAGGAGGAGGUUUUCUCCCGAGCGGAAUCUGAGGAGAAGAAAAUCCUUGAUCCGAACACCGACGAAGAGUUGGCAACCAAACACAUCAUUGAGUCGGCCAAACAAGAUGUGGAUGACGAGUACAGCGUUCCCACUGGAGAGACCUCCACACAGUCCUACUAUGGAGUGGCUCAUGCCAUCAUGGAGAGGGUGGAGAAGCAGUCGUCCCUGCUGAUUAAUGGAACGCUCAAACAUUACCAGAUCCAAGGGCUGGAGUGGAUGGUAUCAUUGUACAACAACAACUUAAAUGGCAUACUGGCUGACGAGAUGGGCCUUGGCAAGACUAUUCAGACCAUUGCACUCAUCACCUACUUGAUGGAAAACAAGAGAUUGAACGGACCCUUUUUAAUCAUUGUCCCGCUUUCGACCUUGUCAAACUGGGCUUACGAGCUUGAUAAGUGGUCGCCGUCCAUAAUCAAAAUAGCCUACAAGGGCACCCCUGCUAUGCGGAGGUCACUGGUACCUCAGCUCCGUUGUGGGAAGUUCAACGUUCUCCUCACCACGUACGAGUACAUCAUCAAGGACAAGCAAAUCCUCGCCAAGAUCCGUUGGAAGUACAUGAUUGUGGACGAAGGCCAUCGCAUGAAGAACCACCACUGUAAGCUGACCCAGGUCCUGAACACCCACUACCUGGCCCCAAGACGCAUCCUCCUGACAGGCACGCCCCUCCAGAACAAGCUGCCUGAGCUGUGGGCACUGCUCAACUUCCUCCUGCCCACCAUCUUCAAGAGCUGCAACACCUUUGAGCAGUGGUUCAACGCUCCCUUUGCCAUGACUGGAGAAAGGGUGGACCUGAACGAGGAGGAGACCAUUCUGAUCAUCCGACGCCUGCACAAGGUGCUCCGUCCAUUCCUGUUACGAAGACUGAAGAAGGAAGUUGAGUCUCAGUUGCCAGAGAAGGUCGAGUAUGUCAUCAAAUGUGACAUGUCUGCCAUUCAGAAGGUUCUUUACCGUCACAUGCAGAAAGGCAUCCUCCUCACUGAUGGCUCAGAGAAGGACAAGAAGGGCAAAGGAGGAGCUAAGACCUUGAUGAAUACUAUUAUGCAGCUGAAGAAGAUUUGCAACCACCCCUACAUGUUUCAGCACAUUGAGGAGUCUUUUGCCGAACACUUGGGUUAUCCCAACGGCGUCAUUAGUGGUCACGAUCUGUACCGGGCAUCUGGCAAGUUUGAGCUUCUGGACCGCAUCUUGCCCAAGCUCCACGCCACCAAUCACCGGGUCCUGCUCUUCUGUCAGAUGACCUCCCUCAUGACCAUCAUGGAGGACUACUUUGCAUACCGGAACUUCCUCUACCUGCGUCUCGACGGUACCACCAAGUCAGAGGAUCGGGCUGCGCUGCUCCAAAAGUUCAACGAGAAGGGAUCUCAGUACUUUGUUUUCCUUCUGAGCACCAGAGCUGGAGGUUUGGGCCUCAACCUGCAGGCUGCCGACACUGUUGUCAUCUUUGACAGCGACUGGAACCCUCACCAGGACCUCCAGGCCCAGGAUCGCGCCCACCGGAUUGGGCAGAAGAACGAGGUGCGCGUGCUGCGUCUGUGCACGGUCAACAGCGUGGAGGAGAAGAUCCUGGCGGCGGCCAAGUACAAGCUGAACGUGGACCAGAAGGUCAUCCAGGCAGGCAUGUUCGACCAGAAGUCCUCAGGCCAGGAGCGCCGUGUCUUCCUCCAAGCCAUCCUGGAGCACGAGGAACAAAACGAGGUCGGUGAAGAUGUGCACAAACAGGAAAUGGAGGAAGACGAGGUCCCUGAUGAUGAAACCCUCAACCAGAUGAUCGCCCGAAGCGAAGAUGAGUUUGAGCAAUUCAUGCGCAUGGAUAUGGACCGUCGUCGCGAGGAUGCCAGGAACCCCAAGCGAAGGCCCCGUCUGAUGGAGGAGGACGAGCUGCCGUCUUGGAUCAUCAAGGACGACGCGGAGGUGGAGCGGCUGACCUACGAGGAGGAGGAGGACAAGAUCUUCGGGCGGGGCUCGCGCAGCCGACGGGACGUAGACUACAGCGACGCGCUGACUGAGAAACAGUGGCUGCGGGCUGUCGAGGACGGGAAUCUGGAAGAAAUGGAGGAGGAGAUCCGGGGAAAGAAACGCAAGCGCAGGAGACGCCAGGACAAGGACCCGGAGAGGGACGAGGGGGCCCCGAAGGCUAAGAAGCGCCGCGGACGGCCACCCGCAGAGAAGCUGUCCCCCAACCCCCCCAAACUCACCAAACAGAUGAAUGGCAUCAUCGACACUGUCAUCAACUACAAAGAUGGGUCAGGGCGCCAGCUGAGUGAGGUAUUUGUUCAACUACCGUCAAGAAAGGAGCUGCCCGAAUACUAUGAGCUGAUCAGGAAACCUAUGGAUUUCAAGAAAAUCAAGGAACGUGUAAGGAACCAUAAGUACCGGAGUGUGGGGGACCUGGAGAAAGACGUGAUGUUGCUCUGCCAUAAUGCCCAAACGUUCAAUCUAGAAGGUUCUCAGAUCUAUGAAGAUUCCAUCGUGCUCCAGUCGGUCUUCAAAAGUGCCAGACAAAGAAUUGUCAAGGAGGAGGAGAGUGAAGAGGACAGCGAGGAGGAAGAAGAUGAGGACGAAGACUCUGAGAAUGAGUCCACGUCGGUGCGCGUGAAGAUAAAGCUGAGCAAGAAGGACGAGCACGGCGGCGACAAAGGCAAGAAGCGCCAGAGCCGGAGCAAAGCCAAGCCGGUGGUCAGCGACGACGACAGCGAAGACGACAAAGAGGACAACGACCGAUCCGACGAGAGUAGGAGUGAUGACGAGUGAGAUGAGGAUGCACAGCACUUAUCAAAAAGAGAAAUAUCCUUUUUAGAGAACUUUUGUUUUUGUUUCUUUGGCUCUCUGCUUUUGGUGUGCCCAAAUGUUCACCCGCCAGUUUGAGUUGGGUUUUGUGUUGGAGAUUGAGUGUUUGCCCUGUAUUCACCACUAGGUUGAUGUAGAAAUGGAGAGCAAAGGGUUUGAAAAAAAAAUAUGCUCAUUUGUUUACCCAAAUAUUUUUACUUAAUAGAUGAUAAAACUAUAUUUUAAACUUGUACAUUUAAUUUUAUAACGUAGUCAAAUAAAUGGUAUACUUGCUAAUGCUUUCAUUAUGAUGGUUCUUAAAGACUGUGUUCAUAUCUUUGCAACAGCAUGCAUAGAAAAAGUAAAUGCAUUUCAUAUAAAAUAGUCCCCUACUGAAGUGAAAUGUAUUUUAAAAUCUUAAAAUAUAAUAAUAAUACUGUAUUCAUGCCCUAAAACUGCAAAUAAUUGUGAGUCAUCUUGGCCGCUAUUUUUGGGUGUGAGUUUUAUGAAUAAUUGAGCUUAUGUCCCAAAACUCUGAUACAACUGAUCUGAAUGCAAUCUAAAUUAAAAGAAUUAGAUGCACACAAAACGACAGUAUUAUUUGUAUGGAAACAUGAAUGUGAAAAGAAAUAGUGCAAAAUGAUUGCAGCUUGGAUCAAAUAACCACAAUCAGGCAAUUAUAUAACAAUCCUUGCAGGCCUAUGCAGUGCCCUGUAAGACCUGAGUUCCAUGGGCUGUUUGUAACCUGUUUUUCAAGAAGUAAGACCAUGUAAACAAAAAUUAAAUUUCUGCGCAGUCCUCAGUGAAAUGUCGGAUUAAGGGGUAUUCCGCAGAAAUUCAGAUGUGAGAGCUCCCUCUCCAUACUGUUAUUGUAGAUUUCUUAUUGGAGAAGGGAGGGGGGAAACUAUCCACACACUUAUAAUUAUGUAAUACCUUACAUAAAAACAGUAUCUCUUAAUGAACAUCUUGAUAUUGUUACUGGCUAAAAUGUCUGUGAUACAGGUAUACUGUAAUGUUCUUAAAAAUCACACUUUUUGUUGUUGAAAUAUUUGCCACUUAAGGCCUCUUUGUCUCCAUAACGCCAAAGCAACAUGCAAAAGAAGCUGUUGUUAGGUGAUCGACAUUGGGACAGCAAUUUGUAUUUUGAGGUUCCGCAGAGAGUUUGCGGGAUUCCUAUGGGUGGAAUAAUUGAAUAUGUUGGGGAAGGUGUGCAAUUACCUCCAGCAAAAAAAACACUUCUGCUUGAGACAUUAAACACCAACGUGAGGAGAUAGAAGUCAGGAAAUGUUGUGGAUGGAAAAGAUUUUACGAUGAUACAACAAUCAUAUUAAAUGAGAUUCAUUUACUGUAAAUAAAGGUCUGUGCCAUUUUCAUAUGUACAUUACAAAGGCUUCUUCACAUACAACAUUCCUCCUGAUACGCUCAUAACCUGAUCCACCGACUCAAUGGCGAACUUGACACAAAACUCACCUGAGUUGGCAGGGAGAAGAUCAAAGCAAGGUGCCUUUCCCUUCUGUGGUGUUCCGCUAUAGCGUUACCAAGAGAGGUUACAAAUUGUUGCCAAUUUGACAUUAUUUUUCUGACCAUUCAGACUUUACAUGAGCAGUGUUUUAGAUUUUUCAGUACAUUUUUCAAAUGUGAAUUAUACUUUUGUAUGCUAUUGCCAAGCAGCACAGAUUUUAUGCUGGUGAACUAAAGUGCUGCACUUGAUUUUUGUCUUCAUAAGUCAUUAACAUUGCUAUUGAGCUCUAUCUAUUUCUCUAGCUAUCUGUGAUUGUUCUUGAUGGCAUAUCCUUUUAUGACAUGGUUGAUAUUGAAAGACAAAAUAGUUUUGCAUGUGUCGUGUGCAUUUUGCUUGCCAACUCAGUUGUGAUCCUAGAUUUCUGUGCACAUUGUCUUUGUGGUUUUAUCUCUCUCACCAGAGCAAUAAAAUGGCCACAGUUAUGACCAUUUUCCUUUUAUCGUUUGCCUUUCUUAACGUUUCAAACUUUGUAUCCAUUACAAUAAAGUAUGAAUCCAAGUUGUGGAAUCAUUUGAAGGAA